UAAUAAUAAUAAUAAUAAUAAUGCCUACAAACUGGAAAUUCGCCUGGGAAAAUUUCAGCUUGCAUCUGAUUUUUGCUAGCGUAUAUCCUAGAAACAGUGUAUAACACUAAUGCUACCAAUGCAAAUAUAGUAACAGGCUGUUAAUUUCAAACCUCAGCUGAAAACAUUUCUCCCAUUCUUACAGUUUUUCUCCCCAUUUAUCUCCGCAAUUGUACUUAAUUCAAUGGAGCAUUUUAAAUGUAAUUCAGUGGCGCAUUUUGCCAUACAAUUUGUUUGAAUGACGCUAUACAGAGUAAAGGUUGUAUUGUACUAUAUAAUGAAACUACGUCUAUGCUUGAACAAACUCCAACUGCUGUUAAUCAAACCAGCAAGUUCCUGAAUGAUCUUUUGGACUCUGGACUAAUGGCAAUAGACUAUUUUAAACAGCAGUUCUACUCUAAAAUAUGUUUAGGUUGACACAGGCUGACAAGGACUGUGACAGACUUCCAGAGCUAAGCUGAUCGGUUUGCAAGUAAAGCACCAGGGUUUUUCCCUCACUGCUAGAACUACAAAUUCAGCAUGCGAACCGAAGAUCAAAACGUAGUUUUGAGUUUCGUUUCUGGUUUUCAAUAAAACCAUGUAGGACCUAAAAGGACCUGAAAAUCUGAAGAUUAACUAGUGACCAGCUGGUAUAUGGAUUAACACAAUAUAUUUCAGUCAGUGCCAGGAUAUUGUUCUACACUGACACAGGGAACCAUGUGGAUAGGUAAGGGUGAGACGUUUCUAAGUGACUACUUAGAAAGCAUUUUGCAGUCUUUGAGGUUCAAAUGAUAAGUCUUCCAGAGCUAAAAAAAAAAAUUAAUCUUUUAAAACAUAACUGGUUAUGCUUUGGGAGGAAUGUUCUCAGGACCACGUCAAAGAAGAUCCUUAGUAUCCAGCUUGGCAGCCUUUAGAAACACUACCAUGGGAAUAAACUCGAGGGUUUCAUAAUCUCAGUUAGUUCCAGGAAUUUUUAAAACUGCCUGUGCUACAAGAAACAGUACUGCCCUAUUAAGUCAUCUAGUCUAUCAGAAACCGGUGUGGGCUUGUUUCCGCCAUACAUUUUGCAACAUCAUUUUUGGCACAAAAGGGGGGAUUAAAAACAAAAAAGCAUAAGCAAAACGUAAGCAAAGCAGUUUUGCGCUGGCUUUUUUAGUUUAUUUGGUGCCUCGCUCCUGGCUUUAGGUUAUCAGCUCGAGCCUGAUACCGCCGGACUGCCAAGAGCAACUCAAACGGAACAGAGCGGUGACAAUGAACCCUCGCCCUGAUGCAAGGCUGUCCGGGAAGCGCUCUGCCCGGAGCCGGGACCGGGCUCGUUUUCCCCAGCGAAGAGGAUCGAUGGCCUCCGCCCAGGUCUCCGCCGGGGUGGCGGCUACCGCGGGGGUAGGCUGCGGGCUGGAAGGCGCCGCCGGGACCCUCCGGCCCACGUGGGGCGGAAGGCGGAAACGCACCCGGCGGUGCCGGCCCCGGCCCCAGCCCCCCCCCGAGCGCCUGCCCCGGGGCACCGGCUCCUCACGCCGCGCCUCGGCCGGCUGGCAGGGACAGCGCUCCCCGGCCGGGCCGCCCUGCCCCGGGGAGCGGGCAGCUCCGGGGCGCCCCCCGCCGGGCGGGGGCAGCCUGCGGCGGGGAGCGGGCAGCCCGGCGCCCUGCCUGGGGGCGCGGGGGGUCACCCGCCGGGGACGGGAGAGGGGCCCCGUACGGGACAGGCUGAGAGAUCCAUGUGCUACUCAGGCAUCAAGGUUUCCUGAGGCUGACAGCCCAGACACAGCCCUGGUUUCAGUUUGUGCCCACUUCCAGCUUUCCAUCUCAUUUCAGCUACAAGGUCCUAGCAGUCACACCAGCUGGCUCAGGUCCCACCUGUUCACGCAGUCUCCUCCUGUCUGUGUAGAAAGACUCCAGAACACCUCAACCUAUUGGGAGGCAAUGGAAUUCAAUCCCAGGCUCUUUACUCAUGGACCUCAGCAGUCCCUGCAGACGCCCUUGCAUUUCUUCUGCUGGAGGAGGUUGUGACACUCCUAGUGCCCCUGUUUGACUACAUAUGUACAGCAAUGCUCACACAGCACAAGUGAGGAGGCCAGGGUAAGCUGCAUUCCACAUUUCCAAGACAAAAGAGAACCAGAGAAGCCUCUAUCAUCAGUAAGAAGCAUCAGAGCAAAGUCAUCAAAACAAUGCCACACACAUAACUAAGGAGAGCUGGAAACUUCUCAGUUAUCUGAUCAGUUAUUUCCAGUAGCAGAAACCUGACUUAGGAUCCUGUAAUGCAAAGCAACAGAUAUCAAGGAAGUGGUAAAACAUG